AUGGCCGGCGCGGCGCUCGCUUCAAUACUUUAUCUAUACAAACCUAUUUAUAGUACUCCGGCGCCGUUGUUUCGACAAUCGGCGCCCCCUUUCGGGAGGGCGUUCGACGUCGCAACAAUGAUAGUUAGCAUGGCCCUCGCAAAGUUAGAGAUUCUGCCACCGGCUACCGUUGCGACGCCCAACGCCACCACGAACGGAGAAGGAACUAAAAUC